AUGUCUCCGCCGCUAUUCCCGCCGUUGGAGAAAAAUCGCCACCAUCCUCCCCGAAAUUUUUCUCGACCUUUCCCUGCGCAAUCCCUGACAAAUUCGCCGCAUCAGAUGUCACCGACCAAGAUCGCGCCGUGGAAAGAGGCUCUCGGAGGCCAGUAUCCCGUCGCGUACUUUUUCUACGGAGCAGUAGCAGAGCCAAAAGCAUUGAAGCGGGUGUUGGGGUUAGGUGAAGAGCCAAGAGUUCGGAAAGCGAAGAUCUUAGGGUAUGAGAAGGUGAAGAGCAGGGGUGGUUGGUCGGUGCUGGGGAGGGAAGAUGAUAAAGGCGAGGUGAGUGGUGUGGUGUAUAUGGUCUCCUCGGACAUAGAAGAGAGGAGCCUCCAGGGAUUUGUAGGAGUUGCAUAUCGGGUUGCUAGUGUGGAAAUUGAAAUAUUAUCACAUGGUCUGAGGAGAGGAAGGAAGGUUGAGGGAAAGACGUUUGUCUACACUGGUGACACGGACAUGGACACAGAUAUCCUCACCUCCGACCUCAGGGGUCCUGACGCUAGUUGUGAUGGGGAUGGAGGUUCGGACACGUUGGAUAAUCUGCUAAGGAAGCUUUGGCCUCUGCCACCCGAGCCUUCGAUACCACCGCCAUCGGAUUCGUCGGAGUCCUCGAACUACCGCUAUUCAAGACGAUUUACAUCCCAGAAUUUUAGUGUACCCCUAUGCAUCAGGCCCUGGAAUCAUGACGUACUAACGGCGCAGGGUGUCAGUUAUCCUACUCCCACCCACGACCCUAAACUCCCAGAGCGCUCGCCUUCACUAAGACUCUCGACCAUCAUUCCACGGCCGCCGACAUAUCAUGGUCCUUCAAUUUUGGAUACUGAAGUAAUGCUUAUAGAUAGAAAGAGGAUGUCGGGCCUUCAAGACGAUGGGCAAGGCAUUGAGUUACGGAAGUUGGGGGAAAGUGUCCACUUAUGUGAAAAGAUGGAGAAUGCGAGAGUGGGAUUGGAUUUGAGGAGAAAGAACCAUAUGAGCAAGACUAGAAGUGCUGUUCUCGAAGGUGAAAAGGCGAAAAGAGAGAUGACAGGGAAUAGCGAUGGCGAGGAAAGGCUCGAGGAGAUAAAACUAACUGAUGGUUGUAAGGUUGACUUGUUGGAGAGGCUGAAUCAACCACUACCUCCACUCCCAGAACAGUCUGGAGUAUUACACCCAGCCAUUAUUAAGAAAGUUAGGGUCGCAGAUGUGGAUGAGCGAGAGAGGUGGUGGAAGGAUGGGAUAGGGGUUGCUGUGAGUAGGUAUGACGCCGAUGAGGAGAAAUGA